UUUUCACACCAUUAUAUGGAUGUAUUUCUCUUAACUUUCGCUAAUUCAAUUUCUUUUUGGUAUGCGUCAUAAUACUUCAUAACGAACUUCAAGCGAUAAGCGAGUUGAACAAACUCCGGUUUUUCCGUUUCAAGCGCAAUUCCGGAAUGCUCUCGUGACAAAGGUGCCAAAGCGCUACUAUCUAAAUAAUCUUUCCCUCUUCCAAACUUCGUUUUUCCCUCGCCUCACCCAACAAAUUAAAAACUUAUUUAACACUUGAGAAUUUCACAGGUUUAGUUGAAGUUUUGCAAGUUUCCGGGUUGGAAUUAUACUGUAUGGAAUGUUGUGUGAUGUCUUUUAGCCGCAGGCCAUUUUGGUAGCCAGUGCUAUUUAUAAAUAAAUACAAAUUAGUUUCAUACAUGCAGUAAGUUUUUUUUUUUUUCUUAAAUAUUAAUUAUUAAUCUAUGAAAUAAAGAUAAUAUGAUUUAUUCGUUGCAAAAAAAAAAAUGGUAUGCCCGUUUUUAUUGACCGACGUCUGAACUGAUUUGAUGCAUUCAAAAUUGCCGACAAUUGGCUUUGCAUUUGUGUGUAUGACGGCAUAUCCAUUAUGAUAAUGAAGCCAAAGAUUGCUCUUCAAUUACCUCAAUUCAUUGUUGACCAAAGCGAACCACGCAAUUCCUCAAAAAAGGGGGCUGGACCCCGGAGUCAUUUGCAAGCGACAAUGGACACACAAAACAAAAAAGUCCAGCUAAUGACUCGUAUACAAUAUUACAAAUGUAUGGGGCAUACAUAUGUAUAUAACAUACUAUGUGUAGGCUAGGCUAAUAAUCAUUAUCGGAUACCGAACGUCGAGGGCCGUGUGGUCGAAUUCUCGAGCGUCUUGUUAUUAAUGCAUGGUCAGGUGUUUUAGCACACAGCUGGUCAGACCAAACACACACUUGACACUCAGACAGUUAGUUGUUGGUAACUGGUGUUUGGUAUCAGCUAGAAUCCUUAAUAGCCCAGUUAACACUCGUUGGCGUAUGCGAAAUGAAGCUGUUGCUGCUGCUGUUGAAGACUUUUCUGGUCUAUGCGUUUGUCGCUCUCUUCACGCUGAUCUCCCAGCUGUUGCACAGAUCGUUGCAAGUGUUGCACUCACUGGCGCCAACAUGAGAUAUAUAUAGAAGCCGCCCCAUCUUAUCUAAGUGUGGAAAUGGUUUAAAGUAUUUCCAGAUAAGCUAUUCGGCAAUUGAAAUACUUAAGGGUACAUAUGUUUCUGAUUAAUGUGUGACUGACUAAAUGAACUACUCUCUCACUACCCACCAUGUAGGUGAAGGUGUGCAAUCGAUGUAAGCCCAAAAAAAUAUUGGCUUAUCGGCCCCGCUAUCAGGUAUGGAAAAUGCGUUAUCAGUCUAUCAACUGGAAGUGUUGACUGUGCCCCAGAGAGAAAGAGACAGAGAGAGAGUGCGAGAGUGGGAAUGUGAAAGAGUAAAGAGAUAUGGACAAAUGCAGAGAGGUUGUGUAUAGUUAGGCCCAAGAAUCAAUAAUGCUUAAUUGUCAACACGUUCACACAUUGACAUCGAUAAUGGCCACAACGACAACAUUGACAACGACGACGACGACGUCGACAGCGUUCCAUAGUUUCCAGCGUGGACGUCCGCCCCGCCAAGCGAUAAGGGAUUUGCUGAGCGCAAUUAGUCAGCGCGCAACAUGAGAAAGACAGGUAAUGAAUUGAAGAGCGAAUCGAAGAACGUUCGCCUUCCUUGUUAUCGGCUGACCACACAGCUAUUGCCGAUGGCCGUUCGACGUGUGCGCUUCGAACCAUUUCCUGCUGCUGCUAUUGUAGAAUGCGCCCACAUUCGCGCUGGAACCUCGCGCUGCUCGUGCUCGGUUUGAUUCUUUUCGGUCUGCUGAUCGCCGUCUACAAGAUUAGCACAUCUCCGUUGCUCAAUCAAUAUGGCAUAUUGCGUGACUAUUUGGACACCAACCGGGCGCCAAAUGAAGCAGCUGCCACACGCAGCAUUCUCCUGUGGAGCGACUUCUUUGGCGAUGCACGUUGGAGCCUGCCCGCUGAUACCUUAGGACCCGAUGAUUUCCGUCAUGAACUCGGUUGCGAGGUGUAUCAAUGUGAGCUGAGUAAUCGUCAUGACUAUUUGCCCACACUGGCGGAAUACGAUGCCAUUGUGUACCAUGUGGCACAACCAUUUCCGCUGUUGCAGCCGCUGCCCACGCAACGCCAUCCCCAUCAGACGUAUGUGUUUGCCCUAAUGGAGCCACCGGGCGAGACGAAGCAUCGCCUCAGCGAUGAGCACAACUUUUACAAUCUAACCAUGAGCUAUCGCCUCGACUCGGAUAUUGUGUGGCCCUAUGCCUAUAUGAUGGAUGUGGAGACCGGCGCUCGUGUGGCCCCCACUUUGCAGCCACAUUGGCGUCAAGUGCCAGCCGUGGGCAGCUGGAAUGAUAGCGAAGUGUUGGAGUUGUGGCCUCAGAAGUUGAAGAUGGCUGCCUGGUUUGUUUCGCACUGUGAGACGUUAUCCAAACGCGAAGAUUUGGCCGCAGCACUCCAACAACACAUUGAUGUGGACAUCUAUGGCAAGUGUGGCACGUUCAGCUGCGCUCGUGGCGAUCCGCACUGCGAGGAGAUGCUUGACACCGAUUACAUGUUCUAUUUGGCCUUUGAGAAUUCGCUGUGCGUCGAUUAUGUCACCGAGAAACUCUAUUCGGCAAUGCAGCGUCGCAUUGUCCCCGUGGUCUUUGGUGGAGCUAACUACACGCGCUUCUUGCCACCGCAUUCGUACAUCGAUGCCAAUCGCUUCGAGAGCGUCGAGCAGCUGGCUUCGCAUUUGCGUUAUGUGGCCAACGAUGUCAAUGAGUACAUGAGCUACUUUUGGUGGCGACAACACUAUCAACUGGUGCAACAUUCACCAUUCUGUGAUCUCUGCGCCCAGCUGCAUCGUCCUGGCGCACAGCACAGGACACAAUUCUAUGGCGACAUUGAGGCCUGGUGGUUCAACAGCUGCCGCUUUCAGUCACACAUACGAUUCUGAACAGUACACCACGACACGACAACGAAAGAGAGGCCAAUAGAGAGGUGCAAACGAGACAGCAGAGAGCAGUAUUUGAGCACUUAUCAUUAACGCGACCAAAUUUUUUGUCUUAAGACCGUUUGGGGGCGUUGAGUCAACACUGCCGCGUCUGUUUAUCAUGCGAUGGUAUCGUAUAGAUAAUGAUUUAUUUACCAAGUCACUACACAUGUUCGGCAUGAGUUUGUUUGCACACCUUGCUUGACUAAAUUUGAACAGUCAGUGUUCAGAGAAAGACAACAAAUAUUGUGCUUAGGUUGCCCAAGUUUUAUCUACGAAAUUCUGAUCGUAUUCCAUUUACAAGAGAAUUUGUUGUUAGUUUAGUUAACUACUACAUUGAAAUCGGUUUAACGAAUUUAUUCCCUAACGUCUACAUAUAUUUCAUUGAUUGUAUAAAUUCCGACUGCAUUUGUCACACUUUGACAAAUGUUCAUGCAUAUUUUGUACUUAGAUAAUAAGCUAAUUCAUUUCUUCCUCUAAAACUACGCAUUCCAUCUCUCUAUAGCUUACAAACUAUUUGUUAUUAUUAUUAUAAAGUAUUAGUAAAAUUAUAUACAUAAGUGAUCCUUAUCAAAGAACAAAA